AACUCUUAGCUCUUCUUUGUGGGUGAGCUAAAGAUUUGGAAUUUCUUGCUAUAGAAACAUAAAAUAGAAAUGUCUGGCAUUUCUGGUCAUUGGGCUUUUGCUUUUGGUGUCCUUGGUAACAUAGUCUCGUUCAUUGUAUUUCUUUCUCCACUACCUACAUUUUAUAAAAUAUACAAGAAAAAAUCAACAGAUGGGUAUCAAUCAAUUCCAUAUGUGGUUGCUCUAUUUAGCUCUAUGCUUUGGAUUUACUACGCAUUAUUGAAGACCAACACAACACUUCUCAUCACUAUAAACUCAUUUGGUGUCUUCAUUGAAACUAUCUACGUUGCUUUCUACCUUUUCUACGCACCAAAAAAAUCCAGGGUCCAAACUAUAAAGAUGAUCCUAUUAUUUGUUGUGUGUGGAUUUGGUGCAAUAAUUCUAGUUACUGAAUUUCUAUUCAAAGGAGCCGUUCGUGGACAAGUUGUUGGAUGGAUUUGCCUUAUUUUCUCCUUAUGUGUAUUCGUUGCACCAUUAGGCAUUGUGAGACAAGUUAUUAAAACAAAGAGCGUCGAAUAUAUGCCAUUACUUCUAUCGAUUUUUCUCACAUUAAGUGCUGUUGUGUGGUUCUUCUAUGGUCUUCUACUAAAAGACAUUAACAUUGCCAUUCCAAAUGUAUUGGGAUUCAUCCUAGGAAUACUUCAAAUGGUGCUCUAUGUUAUAUACAACAAAAAAGAGAAGGCUAUCCUAAAGGAGCAAAAACUUCCAGAAAAGCUACAAAACCACAUGAUAAUUUCCAUUGAUGAGAAAAAUAAGAAUUUUCCAGAACUCACAGAGGAACAAAUUAUUGACAUAGUGAAGCUUGGUUCUCUAAUUUCCUCUGGAAAAAUUCACAUUGCGUCGUGUCUGCACGACGCAGUGUGUGCAUCAGCUAAAAUAGAGAAUACGCCCAAUAAUCUGCAAACUGUGGAAGCCAAAAAUUAAUUCCUUUUGAUUUUCUCUUUGUUAACUCCUAAUUAAUGGCUAAUUAUGUAUGUGUUUGUACACAAGUUUAUUCUUAGCUCAUAGUUUCGUGUUGUAUGGAAGUAAUGACUUAGCUUUCUUGGUCAUGUUCUCAAAAAGGCAAAAUUGUUGUCUUGAUGCAUAAAACGGCUUUUCCAUAAUUGAUUACUUGUGGUGGCAAU